UUAAUGAGAGCUGAAAUGGGAAGCUAACAACGACCAGAAGUUUCCGGCUCAAAGUUUAUCAAAGCAAAUGCAUGAUAAUGCACCGAGUCAACGCAAGAUAAAAUAGCCGGUCCCAGCUUUUCUUUUACACCCCAGCGGGGCUGCAGCUGGUAGAGGCUGCGGCUGCAGAGGAGGAGAUGGCCAGCCUGAACUGGAAACCGUUCAUCUACGGAGGGAUGGCCUCGAUUGUCGCAGAAUUCGGCACAUUUCCUAUAGACCUGACAAAGACCCGGCUGCAGGUCCAGGGUCAGUCCCAGUACACAGAGGUACGCUACAGAGGCAUGUUCCACGCCCUCUUUAAGAUCGGCAAAGAGGAGGGUAUUAAGGCGCUUUAUUCUGGGAUUUCCCCCGCUUUACUGAGACAAGCAUCUUAUGGGACAAUCAAGAUAGGAACAUACAAUUCUCUGAAGAGGUUCUUUGUCACUCACCCAGAAGAUGAGACCAUGGUCAUCAAUGUCUUCUGUGGAGUUGUGUCUGGAGUGCUGUCUUCGUCUCUUGCCAACCCCACGGACGUCCUCAAGAUCAGAAUGCAGGCGCAGGGCAGCCUGCUGCAGGGAAGCAUGUUGUCCAACUUCGUCAACAUCUACCAGACGGAGGGCACCAAGGGGCUGUGGAGAGGCGUCAUCCCGACGGCACAACGGGCAGCCAUCGUAGUCGGGGUGGAACUUCCAGUCUAUGACAUCACCAAGAAGCACCUCCUUCGCUCUGGCGUCAUGGGCGACACCAUCCUGACCCAUUUCAUCUCCAGUUUUACGUGCGGCCUGGCGGGCGCGCUGGCGUCAAACCCCGUGGACGUGGUCAGGACGCGGAUGAUGAACCAGCGGGUUUUGUCUGGGAGCCCCAUGUACAAAGGCACCCUGGAUGGGCUGAUGAAGACGUGGAAGAACGAGGGAUUCUUCGCCCUCUAUAAGGGAUUCUGGCCCAACUGGCUGCGACUGGGACCUUGGAACAUCAUCUUCUUCAUCACCUUCGAGCAGCUGAAGAAGCUGCCGUUCUAACGGGAGCCGAGCGCGGGACCGCACUCGCCGCUGAGACUGAAUCGGAGACGAGAGGAGCGUGAGCACAGCAGCUUUGUUUGUUACCGCCACACUCACACCCCCCUCAAAUCAACGGGAACGACGCAUCGUACGGAUCACGUGGCCAGAUUCAGAUCUUCUUUUGUAGGGUUUUAUUUAUCGUCCGUUUCUGUUUUUGACAACGUUUGUAUGACUGUUGCGUUUGAAGUCCCACCUUUGACACUCCUCAGGCACCUAAGUGUGUGCUUGUAGCAGAGGAAAGAACGUUGACAGAUUUCUUACUCUGUGCUCGGGAUUCCCACUGGAGUCUCGAGUAUUUAUUGAUAAAAUAUCUGUUCAGAUUUCUUUUUAAUAAUGAUGUUGGAAAGAUAAUUGAACUGUUGAAUGUUACAGAUUAAUGUAAAAGAGCAGAAGAAUUGACAGGUUGACCACCACAGGUGGUUGAUGUAAAAAAGAGAGGAAAUAACAGCUCUCUGAAAAAGUUAAGGUCCGUCCACGGCAAGAGGAAAGGUUUUAUCCACAUUUCUGUACGAGCCGAAGUCGGUUUUUUGUUAAUAUCAGGAUAAACUCCAUUAGUAUGGAGCCAAAUCAAGGCCAAAAGUUUUGCUAAUUUGAAAAUAAAAUUGUAAUUGGAAAAACUAAGAUUUGAACCUGAAAAUUCAAGUUUUGAUCAUGAACUUAUUUUUUUACAGUUUCAAUUUUUUUUUUUUUUAGUAUCAGAUCUUUUUUUCAGUUUCAGAUCUUUUUAUUUCAGUUCAGUUUCAUGAUUCCACGCCCCCUACGCCAGAUCAGGGCCAAAAGUCUGAAACUGGAAAAAAACCUGAAAAAAGAUCUGAUACUGAAAAAAAAAAAUUGAAAAUAAGUUCAUGAUCAAAACUUGAAUUUUCAGGUUCAAAUCUUAGUUUUUCAAUUACAAUUUUAUUUUCAAAUUAGCAAAACUUUUGGCCUUGAUUUGGCUCCAUAAUUAGCACCAAAGAUCGCGCGGCAGGGUAUCGUUGGUAAAUCUAGACCCUUUUUUUUGUGUAAUUUGUGACCAAAUACAAUAUAAAUUGAACCUGUACUUACCAGUCACCUGUUUUUUCUGACUUAAGGCAGAGUUCCUACCUACAGCAUCAAUUUCCAGAAUCCAUAAACUCGGCAUUAAAUUAUUCUCAAAAUAAAUAAUAUGAAUAAUGAGAAGAAAGUGAUUUGAUGGAAGUUUCUCUGUCUUGUUCUUCUGUUCUUGGUGUGGACGGUCCUUUAGGCUCCCCCGGCUGUGACGCCACAAAAAAAAGGUCAUUUCAAAGGGCCCAGUUUUACAACAACACAUCUAUUACAUCUAUUUAUUCUUUUUUAUAAUUUUUAAUAUUGUCGUUGAUGAUGGAAAAGACAUUAGAACACCAACGAUCUUAAAAGCCUUUCAUGUUUAAACAUCACAAUUCUGAGCCAAAGCCUCAAAUGAGGGGAAAAAAGAGAGACACUUGCUUUUUUUGAAUUAAAAUAUUUAUGCCUAUAUUAUUUUAUUUUUUUUAAACAAAACUUGAGUAAUUUCACAGGAAUCGGUAGAUUCUUGUGAGAUUGUUCCCUCUGGACGCGGUGAGACGGCGGGCAAGACUUCUGUAAAUGUCUGUACAGACGCACUCACGCGUAGACGUGGGUGUAUUAUAUUUAAAGCACAUGUACAUACGGUACAAUGCUGCUUCUGUCACGCUCUCCUUUGUGCCAAACUGUGUUUCUAGCAGACGUUUCUCUGUAAAAAGCUGCUGCUGUUGGAUCAGAAAAUGAGCUGUGAGCUGCAUUCUCUGAACUCAACAUGAGUCCAAAAACCCCCACUGUAAACAUGGUGAGUUGGAAGGUAAUUCCUGCAAAGAGUGCAGCUUCCACGGCCUGUACAUUUUUAUUUUUAUUUUUUUAAGUUUUAAUAUUACUUUUGAUGACGCUUGAAGUCUGCUCCGAACCUGCAUGUCCAGACGUCUUUUUCCUGCUCUGCCCCGCUGUUGUCAAUCCCAUUCACACACCUCGUCGUCCUUAUUUUUAUUCACUCACAAACUUAAAUUUGGAUUUAAAGGGUAAGCAAUUUUAAAUUAUUUCUAACCCCAAUUUUUUUUUACAACAAUCUUUAUACAACCCUGAAUCCGUAAAAGGGAAAAGAACAGUCUGCCCCCGAUCUGCAUGUUCAUCUCAUCGAAAAAUGGCUUACCCUGCCUUUAAUCGAGCUGCUUCCCCGGCUUUUAAUGAAAAUAAUUUAUUAAAGGAGGGCAUAAAAUUAGGAUAAUGUCUUCCAACCUGAUCUUAUGAGAGUCUCCAGAACAGCGUAACAUGUAUUUUGAUACGAUAUUGGUUUGUUUUCAAACAGAGCAGCUGCGUCAGCGCGUUUCACUGGGGGACAUUUGGAGCCAGUUCGACCUGAAUCUUCAGGUUACGGGUAGUUUUUCUAGUUUAAAAGGCCAAUUUUACUUUUAAUUGUAUUGGAAAAGGUGUUUUGAAUAGAUUUAUGGACUCAUCCGAGUAUUACAGCCUCAUUUCUUUUAUUUAUUUAUUUAUUUAUUCUACAUCAGUCUGUGUGAACAUUUCUUUCCACUGCCCUUUCUAGUCUGUUGUUACCGAACUGAGUUGUCAGUUUCUUUGUCCUCAGACUGUUCUGGCAGUCGUGUUAUUAUUAAUGUCAUUACAUUCAGUUUAGCCUUGGAUCUCUGAAAUGAAACUUUACUGAGCCUUUUAAGCAUUUGAUUUAAAGGUUAUUUUUAAAAACUGAAUUGUGGCAAAGUGCUGCUUUCUUGUGAACUGAUGUGUUGAGGCUUUUUGGUUAGUUCUCUGUAGUUUUACCAGCUGACGGACGAUCUGCUGCGAUCUGAGUGUAGAAACCUGGGAAGAGGCCAGCGUGAAGUGGAGGGGUGCAGGCGACGCGAGAACUGCUUUCAUUUGAAUAAAGGCGUUUUAAAAAUGUUGAAGUUUCUCACGUGUGUUCAGGCUAGUGCUGCUUUUUCAGUUAAAACUACAGCAUGAAACUUUACAUGUGUUCACGGUUUGCUUUGCAGUUUAGUCACCAACAGGUGCCUGGUGCUGGAAUCAGAACUCUACUGUGAACGGGAUUCAGGUUAGACGUGGAUGUUGUGGUUGCCGUGGAUACGUCUGAGAAUCAAAGCAGAGGGGGAGGAAAAAAAAUGAAUGAAAAUGGCUUUUAUCUCUGAUUUCAAAAUAGAUUUGUCCAAAAUUCAAAUUCAAAGUUUCUUUUUUUUUUUUUUUUUUAGAUUUGCUGAAAGUUCAAAUGUGUUUACUUCAAAUUUUUGGUCUCGCUUUAAAAACUAUAAAUCAAAAAGACUUAAGAGAUUAUGAUAUUUUACUUCUAGUAACACCAGCACUGUGGGUUGUGUCUUUGCUGCAUGAGAAUAAACAUUUCUAUUUGAUGGGUUUUUUGUUUUCAUACCCUUUUUCAUGAGUAGCUAAAGAGAUAAAACAUUUAAGUUUCACAGCAGAAUGUGGUGAAUUUGAAAGCGUUUUCAUAUCAGUCUUCUGGAUUCAGAACGAUGUGCUGAUUCAUGUGCACAAAUGUUAAAACUGUGAGUCACAAUGUUUCUUUUUGUUUGCUUUAUUUUAAGUUUAUUUGCACAGUGUUGUAAAUGUGAAUGUUGUUUUGAUACCUGACGGAAUUAUACGGCUUCUGUCACGUUUCUAUUUAUGAAAACAUUCUCUUAUCGCAAAGUCAUCUCAGCCAAUAUUUACUUGAUGUGACUAACUGAUGUUUAAGGCAUUUAUGAUUAAAAAUGGACAUGUUUCUACUCUCAACUGUCACAUGAAAGCAGGGUUAGAACUGUCCAGCCUUUGAAACGGCCAAAGGUUUUAUGAUUGUGUUGUAAUUGUUUUUCGUUUUAGGAGUUCUGCUGUUUACCGGGAUCAGAUUUACCCACAGACGCAUCCGUCUGUUUACCUGCCUGCAGUUUUAUCUGAUUAGUUUUUCAUGUGCACUGGUAGCAGGAUACAAGUUCCACACAUCUGGAUUUCACUUCCUGUCUCAUAGCGACCAAUGUUAAAACAUCGUAGCGCCAAGUUCCCCUUCCUCCAAUUAACAGGUCCAACUUCCUGCGAUGCCUAAAUUUAUUUCCCCUCCAUCCGAUGGUAAAAUAUUUUGGGUGGAGCUUAUAUCUCGUAUAUUCCUGUGUGGCAUCUGCUCGGCUUGUAUUAUCGCUCUCCUUCUCCUUCUUGCUCCUUUACUUGAUGAAUGUCAACGGUGGAGGUUUUAUGUUGUUUUUUUUUUCUUUCACAUAAUGACUUGGCUUUAUAAUGAAUUACUGUUCACUCCAAUAAAAUAUACAG